AUGACGCCGUGGAUUCUCGGAGAUCGAUUCAAUACAGUUUAUCCUCACAAGGGCUCGAUCAAGGCUCUCUGGGAGACUAAGUGGAAGUUCUGCUGCCAGAAGUCCAUCUACCCCUUCCACGAUGGCUCGAUUGAGGAUUUCGAGCCCAUCUUUGACACUCUUAUUGCCGGAAACAUCAACGACGCCUUCUCCGACGCCUACACGAACGCCUUUCUUCCCAUCGCCGACAGCCUGGAAACCCGAGCUGCCGAAGCCCUUGGCUAUGGCCACCCCGACCGCGCUGCCGACCUGUACCGCCGCGCUGCCGUCGUCCUCCGCAUUUCGCGCUUUCCCUACGUCAGCCAUGCCAGCCGCCCAGAGUCCUCUGCCAAGCGGGCAGCCUUCGAGCGCCAGAAGGAUGUGUAUCUGAAAGCCGCCGCGCUCUGGAAGCCUAUCCUCACGGAGGUUGUCAUUCCGCACACGCACGCCGCCGGUGCCGACGGCGCUCACAUCCCGCUGUACAUCCGCCUGCCAGAGGAGGCGUCCGCAGAGCACCGCGUGCCUGUCGUCCUGAUAAUGACGGGGUUGGACGGCUACCGGCCCGACAACAGCCAGCGCACGCACGAAAUUAUCGAUCGCGGCUGGGCAACGGUCAUCGUCGAGAUCCCCGGCACCGCCGACAGCCCGGCAGACCCGGCGGACCCAGACAGCCCGGAUCGGCUGUGGUCCAGCGUACUGGACUACAUGGCGACACGGCCGGAGCUUGACAUGAGCCGCGUUGCGGUGUGGGGACUGAGCGCUGGCGGAUUCUAUGCGAUCCGGGCGGCGUGUACGCACCGCGAGCGUCUGGCGGGCAGCGUGGCGCAUGGGCCUGGCUCGCAUCAUUUCCUGGGGAAGGAGUGGUUGAGCCGGGUGAACGAUCACGAAUACCCGUUUACCAUCACGCCAUGCUGGGCCGAGAAAUACGGCUACUCCAGCACGGAGGAGUUCGAGGAGAACGCGCAAAAGAAGUUCUCGCUCAUCGAGACUGGCGUCAUGGACCAGCCUAACUGCCGCCUUCUUCUCUUGAAUGGCGUGGACGAUGGCGUUGUUCCAAUCGAAGAUUCAUUGGUGCUCUUCAACCAUGGCGGGCCUAAGGAAGGACGCUUCUUCGAGGGAACGGUGCACAUGGGUUAUCCGCACACCUUGCCCGUGGCGUACAAGUGGCUGGAAGAAGUCUUGUCGCCGAACAAGACAGCGUUGAAGAACUAG